AUGUUGUCCGUGUCCACUGUGACACAUGUGGCGGGCCCGCCCGCGCUCCACCCCGCUGUGGUUCCUCACGGCUGCGCCAACCGCAGCCCUUGGCGCCCCCCACCGGUCGCGCUGGGCGCCGCGCUCGGCGCCGUGGCCGCACGGCGGCGCCGCGCCGCUCCUCGGCGCGCGGAGGCGGCGGAGGCGACGCAGGCGGAGGUGGACGGCGAGGCGCUGGAGGAGGCGGAGGCGGAGGAGGUCCAAAAGGCCCCCAAGGCCCGUGCUCGGCGGAUGCCCUUCGAUCCGAAGGAGGAGCCUGGAGCCAUGGAACCCUUGGGGUAUUUUGACCCCGUGGGAUUUUGCCCGCCGGGCGAUGAGGGGAAGUUCAAGCAGCUGAGGGCUGCAGAGCUCAAGCAUGGGCGCGUGGCGAUGCUGGCAGCGGUGGGCUUGCUGGCGCAGUGCUACAUUCGACUGCCGUUCCUGGGGCUGAAAGACUCCCCCGCAGGAUAUAAAGCCGCCUUGUUGGUGCCCUCGUUGUGGGUCUUCGGCAUGGUGGUCAUCAUCUCCGCACUGGUGGAGUUGCUUUGGUGGAUCCUUGGGCUGCAUGGUGAAGACAAGGAAUUCGGAAUGGCGGUCGACCGGAGGCUGCCAUGGAAAGUACAUGAAAGCAAAAGAAAGAAACGGCGUGACCGCAGAAAUGGAACAUCUGGGCUCAAGCGCGCUUUGAGUUCAGAAGCAGGUGCCUUUGAAAAGCCGUUGAUUGUUUACUUUCUUGCAAAUGCUUCUAUGCUGCCCACCAAGGCAUUGUUGUCGUGGCUCACCUUGAGCCUGGCAGUUCUCACCGCCCGUGCUGUCAGGGCCGGCCGCUUUGAAAUGGCCGAAGUGAAGGACUUGAAGGAAAGUGCCUGUGAGCAAGAGGUUGACUGUUCCAGGCGAAAGCCUGGUCCAAGCUGGGUGCGGUUUGGGAAGAGGACCUUUCAUGGGGAUUAUGGCUACCAUGAUGUGCCCUACUAUGUAACCAACAUCCCGUACGCGCAGUGCUUCUGGUAUUUCUUCUACUUCCCACAAGACGAUCGCAUCGUAGCACCCUUGAGAGUCAAGGGGGCGAUCAACUACAAUGGCGAGAAAGAAGACCUUUGUGUGAUUCGAUUGGCGGAGGAUGAUCUACCCGAUUGCUGCAAGGCUCCAAAGGGCAGCAAUGUGUGGAAGUAUUCAGAAGAGUUGGUCGAUGAGGCGUGCAAAAAGAAGCUCUGCCGCUUGGCCAAGAGUGGUGAGUGGAAGGCGAAGGGAUGGUUCAACCAGGGUAAGAAGAGCCCCUGGCAUGCCACAGAGCCUGAGCAGGGAAGCUAUGGCUAUGUCCAGGCAUUCCAUGACACAUGCACGUGGAAAGGACCAAAAGGUCUUGGUGACUUGCUUAGCAACUUCAAAGACUUGUCCGAUCACUAUGGCUUGAUCACGAAAGAAGAUCCCUGGAAGGAGCCCGGGAACUUUGGAGAUCCUUUGGGCCUCAAUAUGUACGACCGGGACAUGCGGAACAAGGACCUCCGGAUCGCUCGCCACCCGCGGGACAGCGAGCCGCGGGUUCACAUGCCGACGCGUGAAACACGAACGCCUUUCACACGAGAAACCGCUCGUGGUGGCUGGGAGGACAGGAACUCAGACACGAGCGGAAUCGGAGAGCUCUAG